AUGGGCAUGGUUUAUCACAUGUAUAUGAUAUGUAUUAGUUUAAAUAAAUAUUUUUUUCAGAGACCUUCACCAGAAGAAAGAGCAUCAUUUCUAAGUAAAUUAGUCUUUCAUUGGAUAAACCCGUUGAUGUUCAACGGCUAUAAAAGAGCAUUAAAAGAAGCUGACCUAUUUGAGCUGCAUUCCCGAGAUCAAAGUGUGAAUUUUGUGCCAUACUUCUAUGACAUGUGGAUAGAAGAACUUUCUAACGCAAUGACCUACAAUAAAAGCCCUACUUUUACUACAAAACGAAAUCUUGAAGUUUUCAUAGUAUUUUAUACCGUCAAUCUGGGAGGUCUAUAA